AUGCGCACGGGAUGCCACAUUAAAUUGUCGCGGGAGAUUAUGAUGAAAAGAGCGGUGGUUAACGUACAGUCUAAGGACAAUGCGUGUUUCGCGUGGGCAGUGGUCGCCGCUCUAUAUCCCGCAGAAAGGAACGCGGAACGAGAAUCAUCGUAUCCACCUUACGCGACAGUGCUGAAUCUCCGGGACAUUGAGUUUCCAGUAACUUUAAAUCAAAUUAAAAAAUUUGAACUCGCGAACAAUAUCUCGAUCAACGUGUACGGCAUCGAAGACAAGAACAGUAUCGUCCCGAUACGUCUUUCGGAGCAGAAGCGAGAUAAGCACGUGAAUCUGCUAUACGUGGAAGACGGCAACAGUGUCGGACAUUUCGCGUGGAUAAAAAAUUUAUUCAGGCUCGUGAGCUCGCAACUGAGCAAACACAACGGUCAAAGAUAUAUCUGCGAUCGAUGCCUGCAUUAUUUUAGUUCAGAUGACAAGUUGCAGUCGCAUACGGUCGACUGCGGGGAGAUGAAUGACUGCGCUAUCCGGUUGCCGAGCGACAAGGACAAGUGGCUCGAGUUCAACAAUUACAACAGGAAAGAACGGUUUCCAUUCGUCGUGUACGCCGAUCUGGAAUGCGUUCUGACCAAAACGGAAGAAGAACAACAACAAAAAUUCUGGCGUCCGACAACUACGGUACAAAUAUCAAACGGUAAUCCUUACUACGAUAUGAUAGCCGCCCUGCGACGGUAUCUCGGCACGAUGGCACCAGCUGAUCCCGGAUGGAAAUUUCUAACCGGCUACCUGUGCGACGGCUUACACUUUUAUUCCGGUGGCUGCUCCCUCAGGGUCGUCUCUUCUAGAUCCUGGUUGUUGUGCACAGGUCACUAG